CACGAUAAGGUACAUGUGUUUCCUAAUUAACCAUAGAUACUUAUGUUUACAAGAACAAUAUGUCCGAAGUGUUCGAUCUCCCAAACGGAACUAUCAUUGAUGUUUCCGGCGUCGUGACGUAUGUCGGCCCAGCUGAGGCUGAUUUUUGUGCCCCUAGCGGCAUGAGGGAGAUCGCUAUAGUUGAUAGCGGACACAACACAAUCUUCCUGCGUUUUUUUGGUGAGUCUGCUUAUCUACUCGGCGAUCAGCUGUUAUCUGCAGAACAGAACAAUGCAGUUGUUGUGGCCUCCAACAUGGAGGUUGUUCAUCAAUCAAAGUCUCUUGAUAACACCAAGUGCCACCACCUGUCACAUUUGAGCCAUGCGCAAAAUGCUCUCAGUUUAAUAUUCUCGAAGGCAAGUGUUAGGCAAUACUCCGUGCUGAGACAUCAAUCCGGGAGCACGUGA